AUGACAGAAGAGAUGCCUUUUAUUGGAGUAUACCGUUCAUUAUAUCCUUAUCAACCUCAACAAGAUCCAGAAUUUGUAGUAGCAGAGAACAAAGAACUAGAACUAGAAGAAAAUGAAUUACUUUAUAUUCUUGAAAAAGGUGAAGAUCUUUGGUGGAGAGUUAAAAAAAAAGCACCAUGCGAUCAAGAAGAUGGAGACAUAGGAUUAGUUCCAGGAAAUUAUCUUGAAGAGUGUAAACCAGUAUAUCAGGUUAGAACUUUAUAUGAUUAUGAACAACAAUCAUUUGAAGAAAUAUCGUUUAAUGAGGGGGAAAUUCUUGAUGUUUUUGAUGAAGAUGGUGAAAACUGGGUUUUUGCUAGAUGUGGAUCAUCAUACGGAUUUGCGCCAAGCAAUUAUUUAGAAAAAAUUACAAACACAACAUUACCUAGCCAUAAAUCAACGCCUAUUCAAGAAAAUACGGAAUCGCAGCUUGUAUCUACAAGCUCUUCUAUAUCUCCAGAAUUUAUGAAGAAAUCAAACGUAUCAAAAGAAACAUUUCCAUCAUUUCAAAAUACACAACUUACAAAUAAAUUACAGAAAAACGUCGUUUCAUUUUCAGAAAAGCCCGUUUCAAAUAAGGAAUUAAGUAAUUCAGAAACUUUAGAUGCUUACGCUAUUUCUAGCGAACCUUAUUCUUUUAAUACUCAAGAUAAUUCCAAUGAAAGUUUUAAAACAUGGACUGUUCAUGAAAUUGAUAAAAAAAAGAGGAGGAAAGGAGCUUUAGGCGUUGGAAGUGAUAAAAUUACAUUUUCUUGUGAAUCUGGUAAAAAAUCACCGCAAGUAUUUCCUAUUUCUUCUAUUAUUCAAUAUUCAGUCGAGAAAAAACACGUAUUUAUUGAUGUAUCUUCAUCUAAGUCAACAAUUUCUUAUGAUUUUCAUGCAGGAUCCUCUGAAACUGCAGCUGAAAUUUAUUCUGCUAUCGAAAAUCUUGCUAGUAUUUCACGUUCUACUUUAAAAGAAAUUGCUUCUGCAGCUGGUACAGCAGCUUCAACAAUGCAUAUCAGUUCCGGAACUGUCAAGGAAAUAGAAAAAACUUCUUACAAGGGCGAUGAAUCCACUAAUAAUAAUGAUAAUAAUGAUAAUAAUGAUAACAAUAAUAUUAAUAGAUUUAAUUUCGAACAAUUAGAAGAAAAAAAAGGGAUAAUUUUAUAUGAUUUCGAUGCUGUUGAAGAUGAUGAGCUAUCUGUAAAAGAAAAUACAGAAGUUUUUAUUUUAGAUGACACUUCCAAUAAUGAUUGGUGGAAAGUAAAGAAAGGAGAUCACGAGGGUCUGGUUCCAGCCUCAUAUAUAAGAUAUUUUCCUCAGAAUCUAAAAGUUUCAAGAAAUCAGAAGAACGUAAAAAAUUCAAAAGACUCAAAGGAUCAAAAAAAAACAGAAUGUUAUCAAAAUGAAUUACAAAAAUCAGAAAAAAAAGUUCAUGUAGAAAAGAAAAUAAACAAGCCUCAAUUAGAUAAAAUUAGAACAUGGACCGAUAGAACAGGCUCAUUUAAAGUGGAUGCACAAUUUUUAGGCAUCAUUGAUAACAAAAUUCAUUUACAUAAGCUUAAUGGAAUAAAAAUAUCAGUCCCUAUGUCAAAAAUGUCAUUAGAAGAUAUACAUUAUGUUGAAAGUAUCACAGAGCCUUUUAAAAAUAAACAAAAUACAACUACAAAUGCAGAAGUUAGUGAUACUAAACAAAGUAAAACCAAGAACAAAACUUCCCUAAACAAACGUAAUUCUUCUACCUCAAUUUCUAAGAAUAAUUAUGACUGGUUCGAUUUUUUUUUAUCAUCUGGUGUCAAAUAUGAAUUAUGUCAAACUUAUGCUACAAAUUUUGAAAAUGAAAAUUUAGUUGAAUCAAAUCUAUUAGAUCUUACACGGGAAGAUAUGCAAAGUCUUGGCAUAAAAGAUGAUGAUAUUAUUAGAAUUACUAAAAAUAUAAGGGAAAAAUUUAAAAACAAACUAAAUAUUCAGGAGCCUAAACUUGAAAUAAAUAAGACAGAAAGCCAAAUUACUUCUGAAACAGAAAACUUAAGUAAAUUAGAGGAUAAUUUGGAUUCAUUAUUAUCACUUCCAAAUGAAAAAUCACAAUCACUUCAAGUCAAUAAUAAAACUGAUACACAUUCUUUUUCAAAAAGUAUAAAUAAAGAAUUUCUUUCAGAAACUAAGAAAACUUCAGCAUCUGGAUUUGAAGAUGAUGCCUGGUCUAUUAGAUCACCUAAUACCAAAAAAAAUGAACCAUCUAUUCCAAAUACAGAAACUACUAAUCCUCAAUUAGCUCAUGCAAUGAAAAACUUAUCAUUACUAACUCCUCCUAUGAAACCUACUCAUACGUCACCCAUUUCUUCCCAAUUUUCCAAGCAACAAAUUCAACAAAAUAUUCUACCACAAGCACAACCUAUUUCUCAAACAACGAUACAAAAUCAAUAUACUACUGUUGAUCCGUUUUCAACCACAUUUACUAAUAUGAAUCCUAAUCCAUCACAUUUACAGCCUUAUCAAAAUUAUGGAAUUACAAAUAUUCCUGUUGCUUCACGAUACUUUUCUUCACCUAUUAUACAGCCUACUAUUCCUCAAUUUCAAUAUCAUCAGACACUUCAACCCCAAAUUACCUUUGAUCAGAAAACUAAACAACAAAUUCCACAUAAUUCGCUUUAUAUAGAUCCUCAACUUUCAACAAAUCAAACUCAACUUUAUAAUUCUCUUCCUUUUACACAACAAAAUACAACUUUACCAUUACAUCUACAAAAUAAUGGACAUAACAAUUCCAUACCUCAACAUACAACAAUUCAACAACCAUUUCAAAAUGCAAAUAUAUUUCGUCAUUCGGUUGCUUCUCAAUAUAAUAAUUAUAAUCAAUCAACUAAUUUCCUUCAAAAUACCUACCAUCCUUCAAUUCAACAACAACAGCUGUUAAACAACUUUAUUUCUUCUGACACUUUAAAACAUGCUCCAAAUAAUCCUUCUUUUUCUACAACUUCGCAACCACCAAAUACUUCAUUUAAACAAACACCAAUAUUUAAACCUGUUCAAUUCGGAACAUCAAAAUUAUCACGACCUGAAUCAACUGAGAGACGUGCGAAUAUAGCUGCAGCAACUCCAGAAAACCCUUUUGGUUUCUAG